GACCUCAAUUGGCACGUGGCGCCCGCGGAGUCACCUUGUUCCUGCUGCUGUGUGGCCUGCCGUCUCUCCGCUGCCAGCAUGAAACGGCCGAAGUUAAAGAAAGCGAGUAAACGCAUGACUUGCCAUAAACGGUAUAAAAUUCAGAAAAAGGUUCGAGAGCACCAUCGAAAAUUGAGGAAGGAGGCCAAAAAACGGGGUCACAAGAAGCCUAGGAAAGACCCCGGAAUUCCUAAUAGUGCUCCUUUUAAGGAGGCACUUCUUCGGGAAGCUGAGCUAAGAAAACAGCAGCUUGAAGAACCAAAACAGCAACAGAAACUUGAUAGGCAGAAGGAACAAGACAAGAAAAGAAAACUUGAAACUGACCCUGCUGAUGAGCCAUCUAAUAUUGAAUCUGUGGAGGAAUUUGGACAAAGCAAAACUAAGAGAGCCAAGCUGACCAAACAGAAUCCAAAGGCAGUACAUUGUCAGGAACUUAAAAAGGUGAUUGAGGCCUCAGAUGUUUUACUAGAGGUGUUAGAUGCCAGAGACCCUCUUGGUUGCAGAUGUCCUCAGGUAGAAGAGGUGAUUGUCAAGAGUGGGCAUAAAAAGCUGGUACUCAUACUAAAUAAAUCAGAUCUAAUACCAAAGGAGAAUUUGGAGAAGUGGCUGAAUUAUUUGACAAAAGAAUUGCCAACUGUAAUGUUCAAAGCCUCAACAAAUCCAAAGGAUAGAAGGAGAAUAAGCAAGGUGAAGGUAAAGACGAAAGCUGUCUCACCGAAAAGCAGUUUCUGCUUUGGCAAAGAGGGUCUUUGUAAACUUCUUGAAGGUUUUCAGGAGACUUAUCGCAAGCCUAUCCAGGUGGGAGUAAUUGGUUUCCCAAAUGUGGGGAAAAGCAGCAUUAUUAAUAGCUUAAAACGUGAACGAGUAUGUAACGUUGGUAUAUCCAUGGGGCUUACAAGGAGUAUGCAGGCUGUUCCCUUGGACAAACAGAUCACAAUUUUAGAUAGCCCAAGUUUCAUUGUGUCACCACUCAACUCCCCCACGGCCCUUGCUCUACGAAGUCCAGCAAGUAUUGAGGUAGUAAAGCCACUGGAGGCUGCCAGUGCCAUCCUGUCCCAGGCUGAUGCUAGACAGAGAGAAGGUGGUAAGAAAGCAUGGGAAAAUUUUGGGGAAAAUCACAGCUUACUAGUUGGCAACAGUGAUGGCAGGAAACUCUAUAUUGUGCGGCAGAGGAAAGCAGAUAAACUGAAGCCAGGAAGUGGACAAAACCAGAUAUGGGACAACAGAAAGAGAAACUCGCUGAGCCAAAAGCUAAAAUCACGGGUCAAGAAAGGAGAAGACAGACCGCUCCUGGACUGGGCACCUGCUACACUUCAAGUCCAUCCAGCAUGCCACCUUGGGAAAGCAUCAGAGACCGCCCCCAGAGGAAGCUGGUCUUCCAGAGGCAGCCAGGCUAAUUGA